AUGGGUGGGCAGGGAGCUGAGGCCUGGCCCAGGAGUGUGCAGGCAGAUUUCGAAGACGUGUUGGUUCUGGUGAAUGAGGAUGCCUUGGAGGUGGUGGCUGAAGAAGAGGUGACUCUGGGAGGCAUUGGACAGAACAGAGACUUGGUGGUGGUAGUGGCUGAGGUUGGUGAUGGGAACACCCGAGGUGUCUGCACCAGCAGAAACCGCCCCAUCCCUCUUGGAGGCGCUGCAGGCCCAUCAGUUAAAGCUGGAGCCAAUGAACUGGCAAUCCAGCAGGGCCUAAUACAGCCUGAAAAGCUCAGCAUGGGCCAGCGCCUUGCCCUGUUCAGUGGCAGCAGGCUCCUUGACCCAGGCCAGUUUGUGAACCACCCCCAGAUGUCAGCCUGGCUGAGUCACCUAGAUGAAGACAUGCUGGGCUACAUGAUCAACCUGAAGGUGGAAGAGCGCAGAAAUUGCUGCAAGGUCUCCUUGCUCUUUCGGAACAACCCCUACUUCCAGAAUGAAGUGGUCGUCAAGGAGUAUCUCGUGCACAUCACCGUGGCACCAGGCCUAAAAUGUGAGGACUAUAACUUCAGGCAUGACAACAGCAGCCUGAAGUUCUUCAACAUGCUCUCGGACAACAAAUUUGUGGGCUCUAGCAGGAUUUCCAGAUCAUCUACCAGGACUUGUGCCAAAUCCUCUGCAGAUGAGGGAUCCCCUGAGGAGGAAGGCACACAGAGAGGGAAGGAUGAGCUGGAGAGGUCCAGUGCCACUAUUGGAAAAUACUUCAACCCCUUUAACUUACACCUCUAG